AGCAGAAGAGGGUUUAAAGUUGUUUGUUUCCGGUUCCGGUGUCAAAAAUUCCCUUCACAAACAGGGCGAAAUGUUGACCCGAGUGUCGCGGUUCGGGCCCGCUUUGCCCCGGUUACUCUCUAAACCACCGGUCCGGUUCGUCUCCCAGUCGAAGCCGACUAGCGCCGCUGGUUCGGCCGCUGUGACGGAGCUGUAUCCCGCCGCGGAGCAGGCUGGACACGGGGAGGUCAGCCAUUAUGUCAAGAAUCCAGAUUACCAUGGCUUCUCCAGUGACCCCGUGGUGGACCAGUGGAACAUGAGGGUGGGCUUCUUCUUUGGCAUCUCGGUGGCUCUUGUUAUUGGAGGAACAUUCAUCCACUAUUUACCAGAUCACGGUAUGCGACAGUGGGCCAGAAGGGAGGCGGAGCGUGUGAUCCAGCAGAGAGAGAAGGAGGGACUUCCUGUCAUAGGCGAGAACUACUACGACCCAGACAAGAUCGUCCUGACCCCAGCUGGAGAGGAGUAGGACGUCCAACAUCCACCUGAUGCAUUUCAGGAGUAUUAUAUUUCACUAUGACAGAAUAAAUGAUGUAUUUGUUGAAUUGUA